AUGGCUCCAAAGAAGAAUGUCACAGAAGAAGCAUUUAACGCGUUCAGGGAGGAAGUAGAACGAAACAGUCAAUAUUUAGUAAAUCAAUUAUUACAGAAAAUUGAAAGCCUCAAAGAAGACUACGUCAGUAAAAUAGAAAACAUUGAAGAAAAUUGGGCAAGAAAAUUAGUAGAAAUUGAACAAAAAUAUGAACUUCGGGAACAACGAGCAUCACCACCACCAGCGCAUAACUGUAUAAAUAAUAAUAAUUUGCAUCACACAGAUAUUGCACGACCUACAUUUUUUGGAAACGGACGAGACAUACAUCCACGAGAUUUCUUAAGUCGACUCGAGGAAUAUUUCGCCAUUAAACAAACGUACGUGGGAGAAAAAAUCAUUGUCGUGGGAGAUUGCCUAAAAUCGAACGCGUAUAGUUGGUUUUCAACGGUGCGUUUUCAAUUAUGCAAUUAUGAAGACUUCAAGAGAGCAUUUAUCGAUGAGUAUUGGUCCAGGGAAAUUCAAAUUCAAGUCUGGAGCCAAUGCUUAAAUGUGAGUCAGGUAACAGCAAAUUACCGAGAACAUUUUGCGACCUGGGCCACAAAAUUGCGACACCUGGAGGUACCAAGACUAUCAGAACCAGAAAUCGUAAAACACAUUGCCAAACAUUAUCCUGGGUACUUAAGAGCAAUACUUGUAUCACUACCUGAGAGGACAAUAGUAGCUGCCAUGAAAAUUCUGGGAGAAGAAGAAAACACAAACGAAAAACCAGAACAGACAGCAACGGACCGCAAUAACAAUCAACAAAAAAGCAAUAAUUGGAACAAUCAACGGAAUAAUGGAUGGAACAGUUUUCAGCCGCGAAACAAUCGAUGGAACAACAACCAACCAUACCGGCCAAACGAUAACAACAAAGGUGGAGAAGCGCAACAAAAAAGCACACCACAGACUGAACAAAUCAAACAAGUGUCAGUAAGUGCCGACCCACAAGCUGGACCAAGUAACAGUGAAACUUAUGCAGUAAACUCAUUAAAUGCUACAAACGCAUCGAUAAGCCCGUAUUUAAAGUGUGAGAUUGAAGGGGAGGAAAUGCUAUUGUUGGUCGACACCGGAGCCACAGUAAGUGUGCUCACCAAGGAAGUAGUUGAUGUGGUCACGCAGAGAAAUUCCAGAAUACCACAGUUCCCAGUCACGGGCAUACAAAUCAGCAACGCCGUAGGAAAGAAGAUAUGCAAAGUGUCUAAACAAAUAUUUUGUGAAUGCAAGAUAGGGGACAUUUACCUACAGACUAAUUUCAUUCAGGUAGAAGGCCUAAAUGAAAAAGGAAUUAUUGGAGCAGACAUAUUGAACAAAUAUUCAGCACAAAUUAAAUUCAACAAACAGACAGUACAAUUCAACGUCAAUAAUAUACCAAUCACUGUACCAUUCGCCAACAGAGAACCAAGGAUAACCAAGGAUCAUCUGCUUAACGUAGAAAUUAAUGACAACUUGGAUAAUGACCACGUCAGUCUAAACGAUCAAGAAAGUCAAAUGUUUGUAUCAUUGUUAAACAAGUACGAACACAUUUUUUCUGAACAACCUGGAAAAAUUACCGAGUUUCAAUGUCAAAUACGUGUCAAACCAGGGGACCCAAUUUACCAGCGACCCUAUCCAAUACCAGUAUCGAGGAUACCUAAAGUGGUGCCAGAGAUAGCAGUAAAACAGCUGGUGGAAGAAACACACAAAAUAUAUGGCCAUUGCGGGACGUAUAAGACAUAUAAACUGUUGCAGCAGGACCACCAAUUUAAAAACAUGUAUCGGACGAUUAAGCAAAUAAUCAAAACAUGUGAUCUGUGCCAGAAGGCGAAAAUAAGCAAUAUAACGGCUAGGGGACCAACGUUAAGCCUCCUACCCACCGAACCAAGGGAAAUGGUAUCUGUCGACCUAAUGGGCCCGCUACCCAGGGGACAGGGAGGAUGUAGAUACAUCUUGGCAAUAUUGGAUGUGUUCUCCAAAUAUAUCAAACUAUAUCCGUUAAAAAGAGCCACUACCGACACCAUAAUAAAACGACUAGUGAGUGAAUACAUACCCACCAUUGGUUUGUUCAAGAAGAUCCUAACCGACAACGGAACGCAGUUCACCAGUACUAAAUGGGAAAAAGUCAUGCAAGGAUUGAAAAUCACCAACCUGCACACAACGAUUUAUCAUCCGGAGAGUAAUCCAGUAGAGAGGGCAAAUCGGGAAAUUGGCCGCCUACUAAGAACCUACUGUCAUAAGCAACAUACAAAUUGGUUAAAAUGGUUAGAUAAUGUAGAAUACUGGAUCAACCACACUACCCAUACAACCACUGGUUAUACACCAAACUAUAUAAUGUUUGGGGAGAAAACCAAGUUAUCAAUAAGCAAAUUGGUAGUUUUUCCUAAACACGAGGACCUGAAGAAACCCCCCGACAUUAUACAGAUUGUAAUGAAACGGUCAAAAAAGCAAGCUGAUCUGCGAAACGCAUACAAAGACAGAGAUAAACGAUUCCCUCAGUAUAACGUGGGCGAUCAGAUCCUGAUCAAAGAACAUAGGUUAUCCUCCGCUGAGGAUAAGGAGACCCAUAAAUUAUUCCUGAUCUACCACGGACCAUACCAAAUACAAGCAGUACAUAAUAAUAACACGGUAACUAUCCAAAUCAAUGGAAGUCAUCGAACCAUCAACUUCAAAAACAUCAAGAGAUACUACAAACCCGUGAGCGGAGUAUCUCAAACAAAUAAUUAA